ACCAGCCCCCUUCCCCUCCCUCGGGGCGGGCUGGCGCAUGCCCCCUAACCCGCGGUGCUGAGUGCGGAUGCAGCGCAAUCGUGGCCCAGGAGCCCGGAGGGAAGCGGCCAGGGUCAAGCGUACUUUCCCGGCUUCCAUCAUGUUCAUCUCCGGCCGAAGAGGCUUCUCCAUCGAGGCGCUCGUGGGUACCUCUACGGAGCCGUUGCUGCGCCCCGCGCCCGGCAGAGCCUGCGCCUCACCAGCUUGGGGGGCUGCUCGCCUGUUGGUCCCAGAGCCUUCCGCUGCCCCGGACCGCGGAACCGGUGGUCGCCUGGGUCCGCCCCCGCCCGGCCCCCGGGACCUGUGCGGUUGCUGCCCCUGGCUUUUCCGGAGCCUCUUGUGGACGCCGAGCUUCCCGGGAGAAGUUCAUUCUGCUGAGAGCCUGCUGCUUUGUGGGCCCUUUACUAGAAAGCCGAAAAGAAUCCGGACAGCAUUCUCCCCAUCCCAGCUCCUGCGGCUGGAAAGAGCCUUUGAGAAAAACCACUAUGUAGUGGGAGCAGAGAGGAAGCAGCUUGCAAACAGCUUGUGUCUAACGGAAACUCAGGUGAAAGUAUGGUUCCAAAAUCGUCGAACAAAACACAAAAGGCAGAAGAUGGAGGAAGAGUGCCCAACAGCAGAGGAGAAGAGGAAGAAUGGACCGCUUCUGAGUCAGUGGCAGGCGGCUGCUAGGCAGGGCAUUGAUGAGGACAUUGAUGUGACAUCUGAAGAUUAGGAGUGCUCUUGGGGACUGGAAGGUGCUUUCUCAUGAAAGAAUGCUUGAGGCCUGACCCUGGGACAAGUUUGACGGCAGAGGCAGGACCCUCUUUGACGAGGCUGAUGGAUUUUAAAAAUUUUCCAAUGGUAUCUUUAAAAACAACAACCAGGAAUCUGGUUUGGAGACUGACAAACACCCACUCAAGACUGCAAGGUAAUAAACUGGAAAAGUUAAUGAAAGUUUUCUUCAGAGCUGGGCAUGGUGUCACAUGCCUAUAAUCCCUGCUACUGAGGUAGGUGAGGCUGCUGCAUUGCUGGAGCUCAGGACCUCUGAGAUGUAGUGUGCUAAGCCAAUCAAGUGUCCACACUAAAUCUGGCCACCAAUAUGGUACCUAGAGACCACCAGGCUGCUUAAGGAGGGAAGGACUGCCCCAGGUUGGAAACUGAGGAGGUCACAGCUCCUGUGCUGAUCAGUAGUGGGAUUGAGCCUCUAAAUGGCCACUGCACUUUUAUCAAGGCUGAGAUAAGGGGACCCAGUCUCCAGAAAUGAAAAAAGUUUUCACAAGAAAUUUGCACUGCUUCGUGAGUAUAAACUGGAGCUCCAAAUUACCACACUGAAGACAGCAGGUGGAGCUACCUCAUUUAGCAGACACUCCUGAAGAGUACAAAGGUUAGAGAAGUCUAGGAGAGACUGUCAGAGGAAGCUGACUGAUUUCUAGGCCUGGUCUCUCUGACCCAUUAUCACCUCAGCCAUGCUCACUUACUUCCCUUCAUUCCAUUACUUCAGGUUUGUGGUUAAGGAGUCAGAAUGGGGAAAGGAAACCCAGAAUCUACUCAGAGAAUCCCAUAUUAUUUUUGCAACUGGCAUAUAG